AUGUCGGCAGCACAGCGCAUGCCUGUCCUUGGAGGGACUCUUGCCAUUGGAGUGACUGGCGCUGCAAUGGCUGCUAUACCUUCAUUCCGGGAGGCUGUUACUAGAUCCUUGGGCAUCUCGGCCCCUGGUGGUGUCUGGCGCAUUCUGGCCAUCUUCUUUGCGCUGCUGAGCAUCAAGAGUCUGCCCUUUGUAUGGCAUUUCCGCGUCUUCAAGAACCUCAUCUGGCACCUUUACAUGCAACCGAAACUCCUCACCAAGGCCCAAUUAUUCAAGCCCAUCAUCACGACUUCGCACAACUCAAUCUCCGAAUGCGAUUACAACUUCCACAAGUCGAACUCGACUUACUUUAUGGACCUCGACGUCAGCCGCGCCGCCUUUGUCGGAGUCUUGCUCAAGAAGUCCCUCGCGCGUUUGAACGGUGGAGACCUCACUGGCCUGCCUGAAGAAGCAAAGACGGUCAAGGGAACAUAUAUCGUCGCUCUCGGCGGCGUGAGUUGUACCUUCAGAAAAGAGAUCAAGCCUCUCGAGCGCUUUGAAGUCUGGACACGCCUUCUCUCCUGGGACGACAAGUGGAUCUAUAUCGUCAGCCACAUCGUAAAGCGCGGCGCAAAGAAACCUUCCAACUACUUCUUGCAAUCUUGGAGAAAUGGAAAGAGUGGGACCAAGAAGCCUUCCAAGGCAGACAAAGAGGACAAGAUCAAGAGCAUCUAUGCCACCAGUUUGGCAAAGUAUGUCGUCAAGAAGGGCAGAUUGACGAUAGCACCGGAAAUCGUCCUUAGAAGAUCAGACCUCUUGCCCGAGAGACCCGCCAACCAACCCGCCGUGCCUGCCGUCUCAGACACACCCACCUCUGAGGGUGAGAAGCCAUACAUGUCCAGCCCGGAAAACCUGGUUGCCCAAGUCAUGGGACAAUUACGCGCCGAGAGCAUGUUUGAGGACAAGAAGGCUACAAAGGAGGGAGAGAUGUCAUACAGAGAAGUCGAAGCGCAAAGACUGCGUGGUUUGGAGAUUGCUCAGCACUUUGAUGGACUUACUGCGCUGCAUGGCGAAUGGAAUCUCGAUGAUGAGGUUAUUGGCGAGUAUGGUGAUUUCUUCUGGUGA